AUGAUGUUGAUAAUAGUUGUCAAACAACAAUUUCAAACAAAUCACCCGACAAUAUUGUCAGAUAUUAAUGAUGCUCCUUACCGCAAUUCAAUGGUUGAUGAAGGUGAUGCUCAAGGGUUGCUGAUAUAUCAUUUGUCAGUCGAUACCGAUGGCAAAAUAAUCUUCGAU